AUGGAAUUAAGUAAGAUUUUAGAAAAUAAAAUCUCUGUAAGGGCCUAUGAAAUCAUCCAUGAAAUAUUAGAGAAUAAACCUCUUUCAUUAGAAUAUUGCCAUUUCGAUUCUUUAAAAAUAGGUUAUGAUGAAACAAUUAAAAGAAGUGGAGCCAUAUCUCAAUGGAUAAAUAAAAAUCCAAGGCUUGAUAUUAAUGAUCGUGUUGUA